AGCAUAUUGUCGAGAAAGAGUAAACAAUAUAAGUCCUGAAAUUUAUGAACCUGUUGCAGAUAACUAAAAUAUUCUGAUGACAACUUCUAGAGUUAUAGGAAAAUUAAGUUUAAGUUGUUCGCCUAGCUUUAUAAGAUUGGACAAAAAAACCUGAACGCAUUGUUUUCUAAACAUAUCAUGAAAAGUAAAAUAAACGUUGAAUUGUCCUUACUUUAUACUUAAGUUGUGAGAACCAGGUUAAAAGAAAUAAAAAUACCAUCCCGUGUAUCGAAACUGGAAUAAAAGAAACAUUAAAAGGCAGAAGAUAUUGUUUCUGGUAAGACAUUUCUUUUUGGGCAAAUUUCAAACAAAAGUGAAGUUUACUUAGCAAGUCUGUAACAGUCAUGAAUCUUAAAGGAAUGGCAACGUCUGUUGAAAAUCAUUUCAUUCUGAAAUUCUGUUCACCUUUGAUACUCGUACUUUUCUUGUCUCCGAUUAAUGGGAAUACUGAGUAUAAAGAAAAUAAUUUCAAAAGACUUCCUAAAUCACAAUGCUUAUCUAACCCAUUUAAACCAAUUGAGGAGACGUCAUCUCGUGUCCAAUGUGCGUCUCUGUGUACAUCAUCCGAUGGUUGUGGAUAUUUUAGCUAUUGCAAUGGCACAUGUCGCAUGCAUCGAUCGUUUUACCUGAGAGAUCUUAGUGGUAAUAACUGCGACUGUUCAUCGUAUAUUUUGCUCAACGGAGGCGGUACAAGCUGGCAAAAAGUAUUUGAGAUUAACGAAAAGUCUUUCAAAAGAAGUCCUAUUUAUAAAUACUGGGAGAGUUUGCCAAUUGAAAAGGUGAAACUUGUGUUGAGAAAACAUAAUGCUGACAUUCACUCAUUAAUUUUCGAUGGAAGAGGAACAAAUUACAUAUCGUGGUUCCAGGAGAGUAAACUCAUUUCAUCGCCGCCGUGGUUCGGAAAUUACCGAGGAAACUACGAGUUUAAUUAUAAUGACGAGUCUAUCACCAUCCGACCAUAUAAUUAUCAUUCUGCAAUGAGAGCAAAGAAGGGGGAAGACAAUAACAAUUAUCGCAUUUUUUACAGAGAGAACAUCAAGGAUCGGGACGCAAGAUUUUUUGUAGAUGCUAUGGUUAUCUACAUCUUAUUGCAGUAGAAUUUAGAUUAUACUUCAAAUUAUGUAUACCAAUGUAUACUUAGAUAUGUGUGAGUGCGUGCAUGAGUUGCCUAUAUACAUACAUUUAUAGAAAUAAAAAAUAACAUCUUUAUACUUACACUUAAAUAUGUAUA